CUCUCUCUCUCUCUCUCAUCCUCUAAAUUCAAUAAAGUGAAAGGACCAAUUAUAAAAGAAUAAAUAAAAAGACGAAGGGAGAAAGAGAGAGAGAGAGAGAGAGAGAGAGAGAGAGACUCCGUAACACCCUCCAUUAUCAUCGUAUUCCUAUUCCUUUCUAUCCCCUUCUCUGUUUUUCUUUGUCUCUCUGCUUCAAAAUGGGUUCAAAGCUUGCAUCUGUGGCUCUGCCAUACAUGUUGAUGUUGGUUUUGAUCCUAUUCGUAGGUUUUGGGAGCUCAAACAUUGACCAAGACAAAGCAGAAUGUUCAGACCAACUAGUUGGGUUAGCCACCUGUCUUCCUUAUGUUGGUGGGGAUGCCAAAACUCCCACCCUUGAUUGCUGCACAGGGCUCAAACAGGUUAUUGACAAGAGUAAGAAAUGCCUCUGCGUCUUGAUCAAGGAUCGAGAUGAUCCAAAUCUUGGCCUCAAGAUAAAUGCUACUCUUGCUUUACAACUUCCCACUGCCUGUAAUGUACCACUCAAUGUAACUAGAUGUGUUGAUCUUUUGCAUUUGGCACCAAACUCUACGGAUGCUAAGGUGUUUUUGGAAUUUGGGAAAAGCACUGGAAAGAACAUUAGCACCCCAGUUGGAAGUGGGAAUUCUACGAGUUCAGGAACAAGUGGUGAUAUAAAAAGUGAUGCUUGGAGAGGAAAGAGAUGGGUGGGAAUAGAUAUGCUUUUUGGGACUUUAAUCUGGAUUUUCACUCCGCAUCUGGUCUUUUAUGUUUGAUAUAGCAAUUUAUAUAUACAUAUAUAUAUAUAUAUAUAUAUGAUUUUGUGCUCCCCUGUGUUGUUUUGCUCAAUUUGUAUCUUAAUUGAAUCCGUCAAAAGACUCAAAACUAUCUUUCUGCUCUCUCGUAUUAUUUUCCUUCAAACUACAUUUACAUUGGAUGUAUAUCCUAAAUGUGAUUGAACAAAUAUUCAAGUGGAUUCCAACUUUUUCAAGUUC